AGUGAUUGCAACAAGAAUCAGUCAUGGGACUGCUGCUGCCUAUCCUUCUUGGUUUUCUUGCCUCUCUGAUUGGAGGUCUGUACCUUCUUGGGGUGUUUCGGCAGCGCCAACCAGGAGAACCCCCUUUGGAUAAGGGGCUCAUCCCUUGGCUGGGUCAUGUCUUGGAGUUUCGCAGGAACACACUGAAAUUCCUAGACAGGAUGAAGCAAAAGCACGGAGAUGUGUUCACCGUACAGCUGGGAGGUUUUUAUAUCACUUUCCUUCAGGAUCCUCUGUCGUUUGGAGCAUUUAUUAAGGAGAGUCGAGAAAAACUAGACUUCGGCAAGUUUGCUAAACAUCUGGUGCACAGAGUGUUUGGUUAUGUGGCAGAAGAAAGUGAACAUCAUACCCUCCAGAUGUCUAGCAACAAGCAUCUCAAGGGGGAUGGCCUGAAGGUAAUGACUCAAGCUAUGAUGGGAAAUUUGCAGAAUCUGAUGUUGCACAGUACUGGCUCAGAUGAAGACCAAAGCACCUGGAUAGAAACUGGACUGUUUAUGUACAGCUACAAUAUUCUUUUUAGGGCUGGCUACUUAUCUCUGUAUGGCAAUGCACCACCCAAGUUCGAGGGAAGUGAGGACAAAGCCAAAAAGAAAGACAGAGAUGAAUCGGAAGCCUUAUUUAAAGAGUUUCGUAAAUAUGACCAACUCUUCCCUAACCUGGCUUAUGGGGUCCUCUCUCCAAGGGAAAGGUCGGAAGCACAGAGGCUAAUGGAAUUAUUCUGGAACUCUCUGUCGGUGCAGAAGAUGAAGAUCAAGGACAACAUCAGUGGCUGGGUGUGGGACAUGCAGCAGGUCAGAGAGGAAAAGGGUAUGGACGAGUCAAUGAUAAACAAGUACAUGUUUGUGCUUCUUUGGGCGUCUCAGGGCAACACAGGGCCCGCUGCAUUCUGGCUACUCCUCUUCCUCAUGAAAAACCCAGAGGCUAUGAGAGCAGUAAAGGAAGAGGUAGAUAGGGUUCUGAAGGAAUCAGGGCAGAAAGUCCAACGUGGUGGCCCUUUAGUCGACCUGACCCAUGAAAUGCUGUUGAAAACACCUAUCCUGGACAGUGCUCUGGAAGAAACCCUCCGACUCACUGCUGCGCCCCUCCUCACCAGAGCCGUGCUCCAGGAUUUGACCCUCAAGAUGGCGGAUGGGCGUGAAUAUAUCAUUCGCAAAGGUGACAGAAUGGCAAUGUUCCCUUACAGUGCCGUUCACAUUGAUCCAGAGAUCCACCCUGACCCACAUUCAUUCAAAUAUGACCGCUUUCUGAAUCCAGACAUGAGCAAGAAAACUGAUUUUUACAAGGAAGGGAAGAAGGUGAAGUAUUACAACAUGCCCUGGGGAGCUGGGGUCUCCAUGUGUCCUGGACGUUUCUUUGCCACCAAUGAGAUGAAACAGUUUGUUUUCCUCAAGUUGGCCUACUUUGAGAUUGAGCUGAAGAAUCCUGAUGAGAAGAUACCUGAAAUUGAUUUCAGACGAUGGGGCUUUGGAUCCAUGCAGCCUGACAGAGACAUUGACUUUCGAUACAGAUUCAGAUUUUAAACCAAAUCAUAAUUUUUACUUCUCUGACAAAAACUUUUCUGAUUUUCCUUAAGCUUUCAUUUGCCAAUUAUAUUUUUAGAAAAUAUCAGAUUCCAUAAUCAAGUGUUUUUCUUUCAUUUUGUUUAAAAUUAAUGUUUUUAUGUAUUUUAUAAUAUUUGAUGGAAUAAGUAAUUACUCAUAUAAAUGAUAGUCAAUUCUAAAUAAGAGUUACUAUUAUAAAUGAUGUGACUGCUUCUGCUUUUACACUUGGAGAGUGGUUGACAUUACUUGUUACAACUUAUUAUGCCUAGAGUUAUCUUUAACAUCCUCUGCUCCACCUACAAUAAAGAGCGUCACUGAACCCAUUUCGAAGAACUGAUAAGAAAAUCUAAGUUUUUCAUAAUCAAUAAAGUUAACUUUCGAAAAAACUGUA